UUGAAUUAAAAGUAGUUACAAGAACAGGGAAGUCUGGGAGGGCUACACUUAUGCAUAGUCAUUGAUCUCCCCAUAUUCAAGCUUGAAUCAUAAAAAGCACAGAUUAGUUUUAGCAUGUUAGCGGUGUAAACGCAUCCCGUUUUGUGAUCUCUCCCUAGCCGCACAUUAUGAUACAAGACUACAGCCAGACAGAGCCGGAGUCAGGCGGGGGGUGGUGGCUGUCGUGGACACCGACGUCACCCUCGCUUCUGAAGAGCACAGAGGCCAGGAUCCUGGCAUGUGUUAAGAAUGACCUGUUCGCCCGCUUCGUGACCCUACCCAAUCAGGACGAGAUCUGGACCAUCACAGUGACCAACAAGCACCUCAGCACACUGGCACAGACCGCUCCUCAGACCCCCUUGGUGUUGGUGCAUGGGUUUGGGGGCGGGGUGGGGUUGUGGAUCCGGAACCUGGACCCGCUGUGCCGGUCCCGGCCCGUCAUCGCCUUCGACCUGCUGGGUUUCGGCCGCAGUGCACGGCCCCCCUUCCCCUCUGACCCCGCCCAGGCCGAGGAGCAGCUGGUCAGCUCCAUCGAGCAGUGGAGGCAGGUCCUCGGCCUGGAGCGCAUGAUCCUAUUGGGCCACAGCCUCGGCGGUUACCUGGCAACGUCUUACACCAUCCAGUACCCUGAGAGGGUCAGUCACCUCAUCCUGGCGGACCCCUGGGGUUUCCCUGAGAUAGACCAGCCUGGCUCUGAGGGAUCAGGGGGUGAGGGGUCGCAGGUGAAGAGGCUCCCUGGCUGGGUGAAGGCCGUGGCGUCUGUCGCCUCUUUCUUCAACCCCCUGGCAGUGAUCCGGGCGGCGGGACCCUGGGGGCCCAGCCUGCUGAACAGGAUACGCCCGGAUUUCAAGCGAAAGUUUGAGGAUCUGUUCGAAGACGACACCAUGACAGAGUACAUCUACCACUGCAACGCUCAGACACCCAGCGGGGAGGUGGGUUUCCGGGCGAUGGCAGAGUCUCUGGGCUGGGCGAAGAGGCCGAUGCUGCAGAGGGUACACCUGCUGCCCCCCUCUCUCCCCGUCACCCUGCUGUACGGGGGCCGCUCCUGGGUGGACAGCUCCACGGGGGGCCGGGUGGAGCAGCUCAGACCCCACAGCUACACCCACACCCUGGUCAUAGAAGAUGCUUCACACCAUGUAUACGCCGACCAGCCUGAGGAAUUCAACAGACUGGUGCUCAACAUAUGUGACACAGUGGACUGAGAGAGUGUGUGUGGGUCCAGGUGCGAAAUAUGGUGUGUGUGCACUGGUGUAUGUCUAUGUGUCAGUGUCUGACGUACGUGUGAUUGUGUGAGACGUGUGUGUGUGUGUAUUUGAGAAUGAGUGAGUGUAAAACCAUGCGUUUGUGUAAUGGGGGGGACGAAAGAAGGGGUUACAUUCAAACAGAUGACAGUGCACACUGAUAUCCAGAGGUCCUGACACACCCUGUUUACACACCGACUGAAAUCAUUUUAAAACUGAGGAAACAACCAUUUGUUCAGAGUUCAGUAGAAAGGAGCUUCCCCGGUUUCCCUUCAGGUUUUCCAGUGUAGUGCAGUUUUAGGUUUUCUUUUGUUUGUUUUUCAUGUUAGUUUUAUUUAACAGGACUAGAAAUGUCUGUGUCCCCCUCUCCUUCACUGUCAGAGACUGCCGCAGUAGUGCUGUAUCACCACUAGAGGCGCUAGGUGGUUACACAACCAGCGGGCGAGUUGCAGGCAACACCUACCGUGCCUCAUACAGUUCUUGUUUUUCAAACCAGCAGCCAGCCUUGGGGAUCUUAUACUGUUGCCAACAAUAACAGAUCUGGGAUCAGCAAAACUACCUCUAAUUUAAAGCUUAACCACUUUGGAUAAGUCAUGGUUACCUACUGUAGGUACAGUAUGUGACACCUCUCACUCUGAGUGAUGUCGUGGAAUCCUGUCAGAGUGGAAGCUACAUCACAGCAUUCUCUCUCAAACCAGGUACUACUGGAAGCCACUUACUUAGGAAAAUGGGUC